CGGCAGAAUUAAGCACAAAUGAAACAGAGCUGCUGCAUGUCUGUCCGAACAGCAGAAAGCAGAUCUCAGACCUGUAGCUGAGGGUAAACCUCUGAGAAGCGGAUGAAGAAACAAAUACUUCUACUCUUUGCAUAUCGAGGACUAGUCAGCAAAGGAAAAAAGAGCAAGAGAAGAAGAAAAUGGCCAGUUAUAUAUUACGGAAAGCCGAACCCAAGGACGUUUCUGACAUACUGCGACUCAUAAAGGAAUUGGCAAAAUUUGAGGAAAUGGAGGACCAAGUUAUUCUUACUGAGAAAGAUCUGCUGGAGGACGGCUUUGGAGAUCAUCCUUUCUAUCACUGUAUGGUGGCUGAAGUGGCCAAACAGCAUCAGAGCACGGACGGUCAUGUGAUCGUUGGCUUUGCCAUGUAUUAUUUCACCUAUGACCCCUGGAUUGGGAAACUGCUCUACCUGGAAGAUUUCUACGUCAUGAAGGAGUAUCGGGGUUUCGGGAUUGGGUCUGAAAUCCUGAAGAAACUCAGUCAGACGGCGGUGAGGACGCGCUGCAGUAGUAUGCACUUCAUAGUGGCUGAGUGGAACACCUCCUCCAUUGAGUUCUACAAGCGGCGAGGAGCGUCUGACCUCUCACUGGAGGAGGGAUGGAGACUCUUCAAGAUCGACAAACAGAGUCUCCUCAAAAUGACCAGUGAGGAGUGAAGCGCUCUGGAGGACCACCUGCUGUUCGCAUAUUAUCCACUCUAAAUAGUAAUGUUCGAAAAAUAGUUCAUCUUUAAAUUUAAAAUUGUUGCUGCAACUUUUAUUUCAGGAUCUUUGAUGUAUUUGCAACUGGAACUGAAUAUUGAGUAGGGGGUGGGGUUUUAUUUCAGGAUCGUUGAUGUAUUUGCUACUGGAACUGAAUAUUGAGCAGGGGGCGGGGUUUUAUUUCAGUAUCUUUGAUGUAUUUGCAACCGGAACUGAAUAUUGAGUAGGGGGCGGGGUUUUAUUUCAGGAUCGUUAAUGUAUUUGCUACUGGAACUGAAUAUUGAGUAGGGGGCGGGGUUUUAUUUCAGUAUCUUUGAUGUAUUUGCAUCUGAAACCGAAUAUUGAGUAGGGGGUGGGGUCUUAUUUCAAUAUGAUGAUGUAUGUUAAACUGAAACUUUAUAUUGAGUAGGGGGCAGGGUCUUAUUUCAGUAUGGUUAUGUAUUUGCAGCUGAAACUGAAUAUUGAGCAGGGGGCGGGGUUUAUUUCAAUAUGAUGAUGUAUUUUAAACUUAAACCAAAUAUUGAGUAGGAGGCGGGGCUUUAUUUCAGUAUGGUUAUGUAUUUGCAGCUGAAACUGAAUAUUGAGUAGGGGGCGGGGUUUAUUUCAAUAUGAUGAUGUAUGUUAAACUGAAACUUUAUAUUGAGUAGGGGGCAGGGUCUUAUUUCAGUAUGGUUAUGUAUUUGCAGCUGAAACUGAAUAUUGAGCAGGGGGCGGGGUUUAUUUCAACAUGAUGAUGUAUUUUAAACUUAAACCAAAUAUUGAGUAGGAGGCGGGGCUUUAUUUCAGUAUGGUUAUGUAUUUGCAGCUGAAACUGAAUAUUGAGCAGGGGGCGGGGUUUUAUUUCAGUGUGAUAAUGUAUUUUAAACAAACAGAAUAUUGAGUAGGGGGCGGGGUUUUAUUUCAAUAUGAUGAUGUAUUUUAAACUUAAGCCAAAUAUUAAGUAGGAGGCGGGGCUUUAUUUCAGUAUGGUUAUGUAUUUGCAACUGGUACAGAAUAUUGAGUAGGGGGCGUGGUCUUAUUUCAAUAUGAUGAUGUAUUUAAAACUUAAGCCAAAUAUUAAGUAGGAGGCGGGGCUUUAUUUCAGUAUGGUUAUGUAUUUGCAGCUGAAACUGAAUAUUGACUAGGGGGUGGGGCUUUAUUUCAGUAUGAUGAUGUAUUGUCAACUAAAACAGAUGGGGGUCGGUGCAAUAGCCUAGUGGUUAGCGCGCCGGCAUAUGGUGCAGUAGCACCUCAGGGAGACCCGAGUUCGAAUCACUGCUUGAGGACAACUCUCUCUCCCACUUUGUCUUAACUUCCUGUCCUAAUACUGUCCUAUCUAAUAAAGGACAAAAAUAAAUCAGAAAUACAUUUUUAAAAGUAGGAGGCGGGGCUUUAUUUUUAUUAAUACUUGGACUAAAAUCCUUAAACUAAGGGUUGAAGGAGUGUGGCUAAAAAUAUCACACCCAGUCUGUCAAAGGGACGUUAAAGUUGAUAAAGGAUUAACAAAAUAAUUUUAUUUUAGUGGAUUAACAUGCAGGGUUUAUUUGUUUACCUUAAGACUAAUAAUGUGUGCUAGCAAAAUAAACAUUGUAAAGUUUGAUGUCAUUUAAGCAACACCACGCUUCAUUUUGAUGCAUUUUGCUUCCUAAAUAGAUCUUAUAUAUAUAUAAAAAGCUAUUUAUAUUGGAAAACAAUCAUAAAUACUGAGCUAAAAGUAAGCAUUUGGAGAUGUGUAAUUCUGUCAGAAUGUGUUUUAGACAAGAAGACUGUAAAUAUAUUCUUUAUUUUUCUCUUUUGACUUGUAAAUACAUCAUAUUUACUUCUCUCUUCACGUUAUCUUCCAUGAUAUUGUAAUAAGUGUGACAGAUAGUGAAUCAGAGCAUGUUGUUAUUCACUCUUCUGCUGUUGUUGGCGUGUGAAGUGGGCUUUCAUUGCUCUCUGACAGAUUCCUGAGACAUUCUUAGGGUCUCGGCCAAACUGCAGUUACAUGUAAAGACCUGUUCCUCACUGUUUUUCUGCUAUUCUUCUGCUGUAAUUAAACCCAGAGAUGCUAUAUAUUACACAA